CACGCUCAGGUGUACCAUUCCUCCUCUCCUCUCGACGCAACUCGGCAACGAAAAGGCACUUCCUAUCUCUCCACCGCAUUAACAACACAACAGAUCUUGAAAUGGUCGGGAUGCUGGCCUUGUCUUUGCUGAUUGCCCAGGCUGCCGCCAUGGGAGGCUUUUCAGCGCCUUGCAUCGUACCCGUGGUAGAAUAUGGCGUCGUGCGAAACGAGUCUUCUGGAUCAACUUUAUCUCACGGAGAGAAGUUAACCUUCGAUUGCAUUAAUUCAUACCAGCCGGCUCAUGGAUUGUUCACCUCCAUUUGCAAUAACGGAACGUGGAAUGUCAUUCCUCGAUGCGAACCAGACCACAUGAUUACAGCCCCUAAAGGAAAUUGUGACAUGCCGGAAAUACCGAACGGAAUGUUCGUUCAAAUUGAUGGAAGGAACGUGACCAAUAACCAAACCUACGUCGUUGGAACUGAAAUCUUUUAUAAAUGUACUGAUCCUAAUAAACGACUAAUCGAUAACUCAGAUUUAGAAGUGGAGCAUUCACGUCGUGUCUGCGAUACGGCAACACGAAGCUGGAAAGGAAGUCUGUUAAAAUGCGAGGCAACUUGUGGAUCCUUGGUCCACCAGCUCUUCCAGCUUAAGCUGAAUGCUGAUGAUGAACAAGAAUUACGUAACGUCACGUUCAACGGAACAGUUUUAGUCGGUGAACGCUACAAAGUUGGGACCAACGCAUUAGUUUAUUGCAAUUUAACAGUGUUUGGACCAAAUUAUUGGUCAACAACCAUUUCAACAAUUUUUGUUGAAUUGAAUUCAACAGAAAAUGUUUUUCACCCAACGGCCACUUCGAAUAUUGGCAUAAUGGCGGUUUGCCAAUCUAACGGGACGUGGGGGGGAGGUUCUAUUCCUAUUUGUGGUCCACCAACAACGGUAGCAGAUCGCUUGAAGUUCAUUUUGCUUUAUGUCAUCCUGGCUUUGUCCGUCGCGAGUUUAAUUUUAUAUUUAAUUUCGAAGGUUUUCAACCUUCGAAAAUUUGUAUGAGGUUUCGAAAAUUUAAAAACGUAAAAAAUACACUGCGAAAUUUGAACGUAAAAAACCUUUUCGUUAUUUGAAUGUUUAAAACCUUCGAUUUUCAAACUAUUGUCUAAUAUCGACGGUAUAACGGGAUUUUAGCGUACUGAAAUAAGAAAAUAACAUACUUUUAUUCGUUCUUACCAUACUUAAACUAAAAUAAUUAUACUUAUCAAAUUGAACAUACUUAAAAAAAUAGUACAGUUUUUAAAUAAGUAUUUUUAAAGAAAUUAAGUACACAAAAAAAAAGUGCCAUAAGUCAACUUACUUUAUUUUU